AUGAUUCUUUUCUUCAUUCUCUCCGCGAUUACCCUCCUUCUCUUCUACAACUACUACUACAAACGCCGCAAUCUCCCCGCCGGCCCAGCGCCCCUCCCAUUCGUCGGGAAUGUCCUCGAAUUGUCCAAGGAGGAGCGUUGGGAGAACAAGUUCAUCGAAUGGAGCCAGCAAUACGGGUCCAUUUACACGUACUGGCUGGGCGAGAUGCCGGUUGUGGCGGUGUGUGACUACCAGGACAUGGUCAAGUACUUUGUCAAGAAUGCCGACGCUUUUUCGGACCGGCUUCAGACCAGAAAUGUGAUGGAGGAAGUGAAGGGCUACACGCUGGGCGUGGUGGUGAACAGUGGCGAGGCUUGGAGGGAAUACCGCCGAUUCUCGUUGAAAGUGCUCAGAGAUUUUGGGCUGGGGAAAAAUCAGAUGGAGGAGAGAGUAAGAUAUUGUUGAUAAGGAAAGAGCGACGCUUAGAAUUGCCUAAAAUUUUGCGCGUCCCAGCUCUGCGAGUCGAUGACAGUUCGGGUCAACACAAAAUCGAACGAUACGAGGUGUAGGACAGGUAGAAGAGAGAGAGAAAAAAAGGUAGAUACUCAAAAGAAGGUUCUAGGAAGUGUCUACGAGGCCUGGCGAAGCCGUUGGAUGCUCGGCGGACCUUGGCGAAGGCUCGGCGGAGAUUUGGCAAACACUUGCAAGACGACCACCUUCUCUAAUUGUUUCGUUGAAGUCUCUAAAUCGAGUCACCUUUCAAGAACCCAAAGUUUUCAUACGACUGUUUAUUUACGACCAAAAAAUAGGUGAUUUUUUUAUCCGAGGACCCGAAAUCGUUGACCCAACUUUCGCUGACCCGAAAAGUCGUAGCGCCCAUUAUCAUACACGGUCUUACAAAAAACGUGAAGGAAAGUGGAAGGCUAUAACUUCCGGCGGAGGCGGCGCAGAGACUUCGUAUUUGAAAUAUGUAUUUUUAAAAGACAUUAGUUUUUGUCUACGAAAUAACAAGCUCUUAAAAGUGCACACCGAGGUCGCUACGACCUUCUGAAGUAGAGGCAUCUCUACCCCGAAAACCAGGGGCCUGUCCCACUAACAAAUCGUAGGGCGAAUCACGAAUUGGAAGCGCGAAAAAUCAUGCGAAAGUGAGAGAGUCGAGAGAAAAAGCGGGCUCUCUCGGAAUUCCCGCGCACGGCAACCCAAAAUAGAACAAAAAUGUCUCCCGCCCACUUUUGAAUUUCGUCCAAACGAAGUGUCAAAAUUCACAAAAGAAAUAAAAUAAUUCCGAGAAAAAUAUUUUUCGGUCGGAAAACCACACGAAAAAUUCAUUUUUGACAUUUCGUUUGAAUUCAACCGAUACUAGGCGGGCGAAGUGCCGAAACGAGGCGGGAGACUCCCUGGGUUGCCGUGCCGCGCUACGGAUUUUUUGUGCUAAAAACCGAUUUUUUUUUACUUUUUUUGCCAUAACUUCUUUCAAAGACGUUCGCUUUACAUGAUUUUAAAAAUCAUGAACAGAAGAGACCAACAGCUUCCAGAAAAUGUAAAUUUUGUUUGCUUUAACGCAGAUUAAGGCUUCCCGCCAGGACGAAUUACAAUUUCCUCCUCAAGAAUCACGAUUCCAAAAUGUCGUAUUUUCUAGUAAAAUUUAUCCUUAAUCUACUCAUCAUAACCCCCAACGUUCAUAUUGUCAUUUAUCAGCCCAAACUGCCCCUCCCAAGCCCAAACUGCCCCUUCCAAGCCCAAUAUUGACUUCCUCUUGCCAUAAUUUGUUUGGAUCGCAAAAAAAUUUAAGUUUGAAAUUUUUUUUUAAAAAGUACUCCAUUCGUCAUUCAGAGGGACUGGGUCGGUUUUAUCAGCCCAAAUUAGCCCUGCCAAGCCCAAUUUGGAUCCCCCAUUGCCAUAAUUUGUUUGAUUGCACACGGGGACACUCCUGGAACGUCCCAUUGAGUAAUUAAUCGCGCUUGGCGUUGUUAUAUGAAAACGUUUGUUAUCCCAAAUGAAUUUUUUGUUUUUGUUACGAAGAUAAAACUUACAAGGGAAGUACUUGAAGUGUGACGCUCAGAUUUUGAUGAAACUUGGCACAAAUUUAGAAUAAUUUUUUCUAAGAUAUAUGCGGGAAUCCUAGCUCGCGCUUUGCAGAAACAACCGAGAUUUUUAGAUCGAAAGUCGGCGAAAAUUUGGGACUUUUUGCCGAAUUUCGGCACGAAAAGUUUCAUGCCUAUUUCAACCGUAAAGAAUAAUGUUUCUACAAAAAAUCAAAUUUUUCCGCACGAAACUGCCAAAGUUAUGGCCAAAAAGCGGUUUUCUCUCUGACCGCUCUCCACGUUGAGCGUGCUCUCUCGGCGGCAAAAAUCGUUCAAUAUCUCGGCGGCGCCCGCAAAGCGCGAGCUAAAACUUUCAGGAAUUGAUAUUUAGUCCAUACCCGAUGCGUGUGCAAAAUUUAAAGAAAAUCUGAGCGUCACACUUGAAGUACUUCCCCUGUUAGAUAAAAAAACGUAAAUUUUUUUGAUUCAAACAAAUUGUGGCAAGGGGAGAUCAAAAUUGGGCUUGGCAGGGCUAAUUUGGGCUUAUAAAACCGACCCAGUCCCUCUGAAUGACGAAUGGAGUACUUUUUUUUUAAAAUUUCAAACUUAAAUUUUUUACGAUCCAAACAAAUUAUGGCAAGAAGAGGUCAAAAUUGGGCUUGGAAGGGGCAGUUUGGGCUUGGGAGGGGCAGUUUGGGCUGAUAAAUGACAAUAUGAACGUUGGGGGUUAUGAUGAGUAGAUUAAGGAUAAAUUUUACUUGAAAAUACGACAUUUUGGAAUCGUGAUUCUUGAGGAGGAAAUUGUAAUUCGUCCUGGCGGGAAGCCUUAAUCUGCGUUAAAGCAAACAAAAUUUACAUUUUCUGGAAGCUGUUGGUCUCUUCUGUUCAUGAUUUUUAAAAUCAUGUAAAUCGAACGUCUUUGAAAGAAGUUAUGGCAAAAAAAGUAAAAAAAAAUCGGUAUUUAGCACAAAAAAACCGUAGCGCGGGAAUUCCGAGAGAGCCCGCUUUUUCUCUCGACUCUCUCACUUUCGCAUGAUUUUUCGCGCUUCCAAUUCGUGAUUCGCGCUACGAUUUGUUAGUGGGACAGGCCCCAGGCUUUUUCGGUUGAAAAUGAUCGGGAAAUUUCGGACUUUUUCGGUUGAAAAUCACCUGGAAAUGUCGGAUUUUUUGGGGGUUUCACAUAUGAAUUGCUGAAAUUUUUAGCUCGCGCUUUUCAGGCGCAGCCGAGAUAUUCGGCGAUUGAAGAGAGAGAGUACGUAAAAUGCAGAGACCGGUCAGAGAGAAAACCGAUUUUUCUGCCAUAUCUUUGCCAGUUUUGUGCGAAAAAAAAAUUAUUUUUUGUGGAAACAUUACCCUCUACGGUAGAAACAGAUAUAACAUUUUCCAUGCCAUAAAAGGUAUGACAUUUCUUGUAAACUAAAAUAAUUUAUGGCACAUCAGACCAAAUUUUCAAAACUUUGAACCCAACUAAACAAUUUUUUCAACCCAAAUGUUUUUUUUCAAUCCAAAGGCUUUCUUUUUUGGCUGCCCCCAGAUAUUUUCGCGUCAGGACCCAUGAAAAGAGUCCAUUUUUUUGGUGCACCCUAUUUAUAGGGAAAGUGCGCAAGCAGCGACCCACAAAAUUCCAUGAAAUUUUUUCAACCCAAUUCCACAAUUUCUUCAAUCCAAAAACCUUCUUGUAGAUCCUCGACGAGCUGUACUUGAUCCUCGAAAAAGUGAACAAUGAACUGGACGCCGACGAAAUUGACUUUUUCAAGUACUCAGACAUUGCAAUUGGCUCCAUCAUCAAUAACAUUGUGGCCGGCUACCGCUUCACCGGCGGGCAUGAGCACGAGUUUGACCGACUGAAGAACUUGGCCACCCAACUCAUACAGGAUAUUAUGACGUCGACGGCCAAUUUGGCGCUGAACAACCCGUUCCUGAUGCAGGUCCCACUCCUGAACUCGAAGGCCAAACGCGCCGUGGAGUGUAUGAGGGAGAUUUUAGAGUUCUUGGACCGGCAAAUUCAGAAACAUGUUGCCGAAAACGAUUAUACGCAGGAUCUGGAGCCCCAUGACUACAUUGACGCCUAUUUGUUGGAACGCCAGAGGCAUAUUCAAAAGGUUGGUGGGGAGCUUGGAUUAGGGGAAUCAAGGGCUAAACGGCUAUGGUGCUAUGUUCUUUCGGGCCUACGAAGGACUUUGAGCUGCCUCAAUUUGUUAUUGUAGGCUAGGAGAAGGCUUACUUACAAGUUUAUUACCUAUAUGCAGUAUUUUACGUGGUAUUUUUUAUGUUAAAAUACCGGGGGAUCAAGAAAACCAAGCUUAGCAAUAGCUAGGUUUAGAAAAAGUCUUCGUAAUAAGACGAGAAGCUAGUCUUCGACAAGCUUCCGCCAAGCCUCCGCCGAGCAUGUAACGGCUUUUCCAGGCAUCGUAGACACAUGCGUUUCCAAGACAGUCUUUUGACAAUAAUCCUUUAGGAAGGAACGGAGGGAAAGUACAACUUACCGGAAUUGCGCAACAUCUGCAUGGACUUGUGGGUGGCGGGGCAAGAGACAACCUCCUCGACGCUGACCUGGAUCAUCGCCUAUUUGAUCAGGUAUCCGGAGGUUCAGGAGAAGAUGCAAAAGGAGCUGGAUGCCGUGAUUGGAAGCACUCGAAUCAUACGGAAUGCGGACAGACCCGAUUUGCCCUACACCAAUGCUGUUAUUAUGGUGAGUUCAGGCGUUAUAGAGCCAGUUUACAGUGACUAGAAGAGAUUGGAGGCGAAUAUUUUAACAGUCGGAUUUGAUCAAACUUACUGGCCAAAUUUGGCCAAGGUUUGGUUUAAUCAGACCGGCCAACUCUCAACCUCUUCAAAGUGACGAUGAAAUCUCUGCUUUCGAGAUAAUACCAUCAAAUUUCAGGAAAGUCAACGCCACUGCAACUUGCUCGCCCAAAACCUCCCCCGAUGCUUGUCAGUGGACGUCGAAGUCGACGGGCGCCACUUCCAAAAAGGCACAGUAAUCCUGCCACAAAUCUCGGUCCUCCUACAGAACCCAAAAAUCUUCCCCGAGCCGCGGAAAUUCAAUCCCGACCGAUUUAUCGACCAAAACGGGAAGCUGAAACAAGUGGAAGAGCUGAUUCCGUUCUCAAUUGGCAAGAGGAUCUGCUUGGGUGAGGGAAUGGCCCGAAUGGAGCUGUUCAUCUUCACCGCCAACCUCUUCAAUCAGUACAAGUUUUCGGCCGGAAAAGUCCCGCCAAGCCUGAGGAAAGUGAGUGGCGCUGCAACCAUGUGCGAGGAUUACAAGUGCAAAGUGUCUUUGCGUCGGUAG